CAAUACAAAGGAUACAAAUACAGCAACUGUGGAUCCAGGCGCAACAGUUUCCCCAGAGACGAUACAAGAUUUACAGCUAAAAAUAAAAAAAUCAAUUGAAAUUGAAAACAACAACGAUACAACAGAAUGAAAAGGGGAACAACAAUGACGACAACGACAACGACGCCGACGAAACGAGCGCCGGCGAUGGCCUCCGCGCUGCUGCUCUGCGGCCUGCUGUGCGGUGCCCCGGUGGCAUCGGGGUUUUCCCGAGCCGGUGCCCCCGUCACCGCCACCGCCACUCGAGAGGCCCGGCGUUUCGCCCCGGCCGGGCCGCUGCGGUCCGCCGAGGGGGAACACGGCGACGAAGGCGGGAACGGGGAAACACCCCCGGGGGCCGCCGAUCCCGAGCCCGAACCGCCGUCCUCGCUGUGGGACAGGGCCAACGCCUUUCUCGACACGCCCAUCCUGGACGCCAACAACCGCAGCGACCAGGGGGCGGUCGCCGAGGCCCUCAAGGAGUUCGUCCGGGACGAGCCGGAGCUGGCCCAGGUCACCUUCUCGGUCGCCGUCGUGGCGGCGAUGGUCCUGGCGACCAGGCUGGCCGUGUCCCUGUAAGCCAGCCCCCGGCCGUGCAGCCUCUGAUGGAAUGCAAUGGAUGUUCACCGACACCGAGAGGGGGAACGACAAUUCGUCGGAUGCAGCGAUGUGGUUGUUAGCGAUGCGGUUGCCAUGGUUGUUGGCAAGAAAGGAACACGGCAAGGAGAGCGAGUAUUCGAUUCCACACCGAACACUUGGGUAGAUUCGAGUUGAGUCGAUCCAAGCCGUCUUGUGUUKUUCCAAAAAUGAGAAACGACUGUAUAUUAUUUGGUUUCCUAGCCAUUGGCUAUGCAUCGGAARGARWCUAGGCUUCUAUAAUAUUUYAAGUCG